AUGGCUGCAAUCCGUGUGGCAGCUGCCGCCUUUUUGCGCAGCAGCGGCGCGAUUGAGGAGAAGGAGGCUCGUCGGAUUCGCAACGCGGCCGCGGCUCUCUUGCAGGCGCCAGAGACUGCCGAUGGUAGCGCGCAAGUUCGAUUCGAGGAGAUUUUCCAAGUUCGCCUUGUCGACGUGGAGACCCGGAGCUUCCGCACAGCGGAGCGGCUGCGCGAGCUGAUCUGCGAUUCGGGGCGUGAUGAGGCACAAUUCACCCAGCUGCUACUCAUGGCCAUCAUGCGACCGCAGGCCUCCGUCGAGACGGACUUGGUACUCACCCUCUUUGGCAAGCACGAGGAGCGGCCGGUGCAGGCCCUCGGCGAGGCUUACAUCAAUCUGCGCGAGAUGGCGGCCUCGGGUGUGGACUUUGCGCCCCCGCGUGUGCUCGAGAUCCUCAAUAGCCGCGACGAGGCCGUCGGCCAUUUCUCCAUCUCAGUGACUGCUGUCGUUGCCUUCACUGCGCUGCACUACUUUGUUUGA